CGCUUGAGCCGAGCAUGCGCAGAGCAUCGCAGCUAACCACAUCAGAAACCAAUCCAUAAACGCGUUUACGGAGUUUAAAUGAAACAACAGUGAGAGUUUCCAAGGAAAGAACAGCUUCCUGUGUACAGGGAUGAAGUUCCCUGUGGAUCUCCUGGCUGAUGUUAGCCAAACAGAGCUGGAGCGGCUGGCCCACAACUACAUGAACAACCUUCUUUACAGCAACCCGGAUGCACCUGAACACCUCAGCCUCCCUGACUCGACCCAGGUCACCAUCAACAUAUGCAAUGUGGGCUUCGUCCCUCUGUAUGGAUCCAGUGAUAAGCAGAAGGUCCUGGCCCUUUUCUCUCCCACUGAGCCGCUAACUGCUGUGGCCCUGUACCUGCUGGACCAGUGGUGGCCCGUGGACGACAUUCUCAAGACCGCGGACCGAGCUCGGGAUGGAGCGGUGGAGGUGGAGACGGUAGGAGAGAGAAUAGUUCUGUACAUCCUUAACCGUGUGGUCUAUAGAGCCAGAGAGAUGAGCUCUGAAGAGCUCCCCUUCCUCUGCCACAGAGAAAAAGAUCACGCCAAAAUCUUCUGGAGUAACGGAGAGGCUGUGGGCUUCUACUCUGUCAAACCCUCAGGUAGCUUUUCUAAUUCGUUUGCCACCAGAAGCUAUCAGCUCCCUGUGAUGGACUCCAUCUUUGUGAGGAGAUGUCAGCGUGGGAAAGGCUUCGGCCUGCAGAUGCUGGAGGACUUUGUGCUCAGUUUCAAAGAGGAUUGUCUGGGGUUAAGGUACCCCCUCAGCAAAGCCAUGUAUAAAGUGUGUGAGCAGUACCUGAGGCAGUACCCAGGAGACACAGACCUGCUGUGGGAGGUGGAAAGCAUCGGGGGGCCCAACCAGAGGACCAAUAUGGCCAGAAAGAUACAGGCCAUGGAUCACAGCGCAGUGUCCAGGAGUCUGUCCUUCACAGAGGAAUCACCUGUGAUUACUGAGAUGACUGAGAAGGAUGUGGGGAUGGAGGCCAUCACCACUCAAAUUAAAAAAGCUGAAUCCAUGGAAUGCACAGUUGAAAUCGUGGAGGAAGUGACAGUCCUAAGCGCUACCAAAUCAGGUUUAGAGGCUGAAGUUCCACUCACAGCCCGGGGCCGGAGCAGUGGCUCAAAACGAAGGAAGACCGCAGAGGAAAAGGUUAUCAGAGUCGAGGACAUUGAAGCAGAAACCCCGAGAGAGGAGAAGGAGAUUGUCUCUGAGUCAGUGCAGACGGAGGCUGUCAGUGUGGCUCCUGAAGAACAGGGACAGGAUGUAGUUGACACUGCGGCCAACAUGUCGGAACAACCAGACGCUGUCCUGAAGCCACAAGACACUGAAACAGCUGAUGUGACAUCAGCAGCUACAACUGAGGAGGCACCAGUGGGGGACUCACAGAUCACAGUUGAGAAUGUGGCAUCAGAAAUAGAGGACGAGUGUCCGGGGGAAGACACUGCAGCGCCGGCAGUCUCAGAAGAAAUGUUGGAGUUACACACGGAAGCAGAAACUCUGGAUAAAGUGGGGGAGGAAACUCCGAUUACGGAUGAAAAAUGGGAAAAAGGAGUUCCACAACACGAGGUAAGUCCGUCAGAGGAGAGCAAAGCAGGAAGAACAACUGGACAAAGUAAAACCCCCAGACGGAGAAAUACACAUGUACAGGAGGGGGUGAAGGAGGAUACUGCCGCCCAGGAAGGAGGGAUAAGUUUGAGAAGAAGAACUGUCAUGAACACGCCCCGACCCAAACGCAAAUACACCAAACCCCGCCAGAAAGUCUGUGACGACUCGGAGAAAGAGGUGGAGAAAGUGGCAGAGGAGAAUUAUGUUUCGCCUGAAGGAGUGGAGGAGUUAGCUAAAACUGGAGAACAAGCACAUGAACAGGUUGAGGAACAAGAGGAGGUGGCUGACAGGCCAGAAGAAGAGAUAGCCACCGAGGAACUAAGGGCUGUGGAGGAAGAGACGAUACCGAAGGCCGAGGAAGCAGCAGGAGACGUUAUAGCUUCGACUGGGGGGAACGAGGAGGAGAGCAAGGAUGAGACAGAGCAUGUGUCGGUGAUGGAAGCAGCAGAUGAAGGAGAGGCCGUCAGUGUCUCUGCUAAUGCAGAUGACAACACUGUUGCUGUGGAAACAGCUGUCAGAGACACUGCUGCUGCUGUUGUAGAAACAGCUGUCCGGCAGGCUGAAGAGUCCCAGGAAAAUGACCCUGGCUCUUUAACCUCCAAGCUCCAGAAAGCCACUGUCAUCCUAUUGGACAUCAAAACCACCUGCCAUCAUCUCAGUGUGAAGGAGGCAGACGAAACAGCUGCUGACGGACAGAGUGCUGAUGCAGAAAAGCAACAGGAAGGAGAGGACGGUGGGAAGCAGGAAGACAUUACAGCCACGUGUGUAGAGGCCCAGACUGCCGAGAAGGAACAGCAAGACAAUUCUGAAAAAGAAGAAUCUGUGGAGGAGGAAAAAAGUGAAGCAGAGGAAGCACUGAUCCCUGAAACAAAAGACGACACAAGCGAGGGUGUUAGUGAAGAAGCAGCGAGAGGCACUGAUGAGGUGGAGGAGAAGCAGGCUGCAGAUGGAGAGCCAGAGGACGCUGACGCGAGUCCCCCAGCGGCCGAGGUGGCCGAGGCGGACAAGACGAUGAGCUUGGAGGAGGAGGAAGCUCCGGUUGUUGAGACUAGAGCUCUGAGAAGUAGAACAAAAACUAGCACAGCUCCGAAAAGCAGGUCCAGACGAAGCAAGAAGCAGCCAGAAGAAGAGGAGGAGGGGCAGAGAGAGUUCCAGAAACAGGAAGAGGGACCAAAGGAAUCAGCUGAGGAAGCAGAGGAAGAAACAGGGCUGAGGUCAGUCGAGGACCCCCCGACAGAAGCUGUCACAGCAGAAGCCGUAGAGGCGUCGGUGACUGAAGAGGAAGCUGCAGAGGAUUCAGCACAUGGAAGAGACACUGACACUUCAUUACCCAAACCCAACGCAGACUCUACUGUACUUCCCCCCAGUGGAGAAGAGGAGCUACGGGCAGCCCGGUUCUCUGUGAGCCAUAUGGACGUCCAGGAGGAUGUGGAAGCUCUUCCUGCUGAGCCGGAGGAGAAGCAAAAAGAGGAAGCAGCUAUUGCAGAGGAGGAUGUUCCUAAGGGGACAGAAAACACUGAGCUGGAGAAGGUGACUGUGGAAGAGGAGGAUAAAGUGGAAACAAUCCCAACAGCAGACCCAGGGGAGGGCAGAGUUGUUGAAGAGGAGGCUGAAGGUGUUAACGAUGAAGAGCAGGAAGAUCAAGUCCCAGAAACCAGAGUCCGUAGGAGCAGGAAGCACGCAGGGCCAGCCACGCCCACAAGCAGACUAACAAGAAGCAGACAGGAGAAUGCUGAGGUCGCGGCUUCAGAAAGUCAGAAAUCGACAGUUCAAGUCCGGGUUCUGAGGGGGCGGGGGAAACUUAUCCCUGUCACCCAAAGACCAACAACAAAAAGAACCCACCCAGAGGAAGAGGGAGAGGAGGGAGGAGAUGAAUCUGCAGCGGGUGAGGCGAGAGAGACAGAGGAAGUAGGGGACCAGCAGCAGGCAAAAAGACUUGAUGAAAGGGAUGCUACUGAACGAGUAGAAACUAUGGACAAAGAGGAGACUGGGACAGAGGAAGCUGUCUUACAACUAGAGGCCUCAGAGCAGGGACAGGCCCACAGGGCUGGGACAGCAGCAGAUGUGGACAAAGAUGUUGGACAGCCUGCUGACGAGGGGAAGAGCUCGGAUGUUCUACAGGAUGUAGUCCCAAGACAAGAGACAGUAGAGGGAGAACAGUCGACCUCUGCAGUGAUGGGAAGUCCCCAAGAGACACCGGAGACAGCAGAGGACGGCGAGGAAAAAGAUGUGUGUGUGGAGGAGGAAGCAACUAGAGGCAGAACCAAGAACAGACGAGAGGAAGAGGCAGCUGGAGAGACAAGCUCAGAAGUCGGAACUAGAGUUCUGAGGAAGGGUCGGAGGUCUGCCGCUGCCACACCUCAUCGUAAACCCAAAAGAGUCCGCACACAGCCUCGGACAGAGGAAGAGGAAGAGGAAGAAGCCGCUCCUGCUGAAGAGACGCAAGCAGAGGAAACCAAAGCUGAUAAGAAGGAAGACAACAGUGAUGAGAAGACUGAAGAAGACGGGGAUGAAGCUGCAGCAGAGCAGGAAGAAGCUACACAGCCAGAGGUCGAGAUGGAAAAAGAAGAAGCUGUGGCAGAGGAAGAGGACCGGUCCGCUGUUUCUGAGACAUGUGAAGACGGACAGGGAGAGACUUCAGCUGGAGAACGAGCUGUAGAGACACCAAAUACAGACGAGGGAAAGGUCACUGACCGAGAAGAAGCAGCAAGUGUUGAAACAGCAGUCCUGAGAAGCGGUAAAAAUACAGGGAGAUCCACAACUAGAAGCAAAACCACAAAACGCCAAGAGGAAGAGGCAGCUGGAGAGAAAAGCACGGAAGACGAUGAACCCGUGGUAGAAUCAAGAGUUCUGAGAGGGGGGAAGAGGUCUGCCGCUGCCACACCUCGGCGUAAAUCCAAAAGAGUCCGCACACAGCCUCAAACAAAGGAAGACGACGAGGAAGAGGAAGAAGCUUCUCCUGCUGAAGAGACACCAGCAGGGGAAGCCAAAGUUGAUGAGAAGGAAGACAACAGUGAUGAGAAGACUGAAGAAAAGGAUGGGGAUGGGGAUGAAGCUGCAGCGCAGAAAGAAGAAGAGGCAGGGCAGGAACCACCAGAGGAAAAAGGGGAGCCUGCAGAGGAAGAAGAAAAGAAGAUGGAAAUAGACAAAGAAGUGCUUGAGGAAGAGUCUGCUGUAGGAGAUGCAGGGCAGAUGAAGGAAGUAGUGCCUGAGGAGGAGGACAACCGUGUGGAAGAAACUGCAUCAGCUGAGGUAGAAGAGACAAAGUCAGCCGAGGAAGAGGAAGAAGAAGAAGAAACACCGGCUGUAAUAAGCAGAGCUCUGCGGAGAAGAACACGGAGGUCCAGGAGAGGAAGAGUACAGACACAGCAGCAGGAAGAGGAAGAAGAAGAAGAAGGCCACCUUUCGACUGGUGGCUCACCUCGAAGAUCAGUGCGGAAAAAACCCAGAGUGGAUUACCGAGAAAACAAUGAGGAGGGAGAACGAGGUGAGACGGAGGUCACAGCUGACCAGCAGGAGGAGGACACAGAGGACGGGAAAGCUUUAAGCAAUGAAGAGCAGUCGGCCGAGAAGAUGGACACUCUGAGUUUAGUGUUAGACACAGAUGAGGAGGAAGAGGCAGCAGGGAUGAGUGCAGAGGAUGAAAAAGACGUGGAGCCUGUAGUGAUUGGAGAGAGAGUUUUAAGAGGGAGGUCAGUUCCUUCGGUGGUCAUCACCCCCCAGGCUAAAUCCACACGCAGCAGUGCUAGAGUUCAGAAAGCUGAGGAGGAAGAAGAGAAGAGCCUGCGCUCCGCUCAGAAGAGAAGAAGAGCUGAAGGCACGCCAGCUCGCAGAUCUCAGCGGCGCAGCAGAGUGUAGGAUGCUCUGAAGCCACACUACAUACAUGUAGCAGUGUGCAGUCACAGAACGGCGAAAUGCAAAAGAAGUCAAUGGUUAACCCUCCCGUUGUCCUCGGGUUAAAUUUGACCCCUUUUAAAAAUGUCAAUAUCAGAAAUAUGGCAUUCUUUUUAACCACAUUACCACAAAAAAGGAUAGAUUCCAUGCAACGCUCUGCAAAUACAAUUGAUCACUUUCAUUGAAUUUUGGGUGAAAAUUGAAAUGGUUUCAAAUCAGUAUCCUGACCAAAGUCAUCCACUCAACAUACGCUCCUCUGAUCUGAUCUACUAGUCAAAAUAAUUCAUAAUUUCUGCUUUACGAUCUCAAAUAUUAGGUAUAACUCAAUGCAAAUGAGGGUUAUUGACCAAGGAUUCCAAAAAGUAGCGUAAAACUAGUGGUAGUGAAAAAUAAUGCAUUGAAAAUGUAAAAUGUCAAACUAAAUCCUUUUGACCCGGGAUGACAACACAAGGGUUAAUGCGAGCUUCAGUAGUGUGCAGGCAGGCUCACAGCAUACACACUCACACACACCUGUGUGUUCUCAUGUGGAUGUAAAG